GUCAAACUCUCAUCCAGCACUCUCUUGCGGAGGUCGAAAUUGCAAAUUUGACCCGACCAAUAUGAGGGUAGGGGUAUACCGAAUUUGCGGAAAUUUGAUAGCCUAUUCGUCUUGUAGUAAUCUUUCUGGGCGCUCGAAGCAGCAAAAUUCACAGACGACGAAGGAACAGCUAAGAUAGUGAGACGAAAUAAUGACGCUAAUUUUUGGUUGCAUACUGCCCUUUGGCUUCGAGUGGUUGGCAGCUGGUGGAGGUUUAUAUAACACAUCUAACCCACCUCCUCUUUCCCUAGUUUUUCAUCAUUUUACAGUCGGCGGGUUCGUAGGCAAUUAGUGCAUUCGUAAUAUAAGGAGGCUAAUAUACUCCACCUGCCGCCGGUUUGCGAACUGGAUAAAACUGGGGUCACUCUUCCGACGGUCGUAGCCUACAAAAAAAAGAUAAGGCCAGGGUGGAGCGCAUGAAAGGACCUACCGUGAAGAUUUCCGUAAGGAGGAUAAUAAGAGCAUUGCUACGUAUGAUGUAAGUAUCCUCGUCCAUAAAAAUGUCAACAUCGUCGCCCUUUGAGAUAGUCCCGUUGCCUGCGGGUGAUUUCGCAUAAUUGAGGGAUACUCGUUCUUUCACCAUUAUGGAGAAGGGCCAAGACAUGACGGCAAUGGAGGACACCCCUGAAGAUGGCGGCGCACCUUCAGUAGGAGCAGUGCCACAUGAGGAUAGGGCACAAGGUAAUGAGGGUCAAAGCAGCAGCAGUAGCAGUAAAGGUAUGCUUGUUGAGCAACAAAGAGAGCAUGAUGAAAACGGAACAGCUCAUCAAGAUACAACACCCGCUCAUCAAGAUACAACGAGCACUAGUAGCAAAUCUCCACUAAAAACGGAGAAAGAGCAGGAAAAAGAAGAGCCACAAGCUGCUGACGAGGAUGCAAUAUCAUCGGAGGAUGAGGAUGGGGAGGGAGACGAUGCACCUAUCAGACGGUUAGAACCUCAAGAUCUGGAGGAUAAUAUGGAGUUGGUGAUGGGUGACACCUUUCACCACUACUACAUAUCGACGACAUGGACGGCCGCGUGGUAUUACAACUAUGAAACAUGGGUGAAGAAGUACCAAAAGGAAAAGGCAUGAGAAGAAGAACUACUAAUACCCGCAAGCUGAGUGUAAAUUUCAAUACUAAUACCCGCAAGUAAAUUCCAAUACUAAUACACGCAAGCUGCUUGUGAAUGCCUUGAAGUAAAUUUCAAUACUAAUGCCCGCAAGCCGCUUGUGAAUGCCUUGAAGUAAAUUUUGUUGAACUUACGGGUUUAUGUAUGUUCUAGAAGACGUUCGAACGUCGGGGAAUCGAACUGUAACUACUUCUAACCUACGCUUGCCUAUGAGGGUUUCAUCUCUGUGCGGCAUGGCAGCUAUCUACUACCUGAGAUCCAACGUGCUUACUGCGUCUUGCACUUCGAGAAUAUGCAUAUUGGCAGGAAAACACGAAGACUUAAGAAAAAUGGUACUUAUUUUCGAAUAGGUAGGCAGAUGAACAGGGUCGUUGAGGUUCUUGGCCCGCAUUACCAUUACUUAGUGGCUUUUCAAGUUCAUCAACCAUUGCUUACUGGUGUUUUUUUUUAAUUUCAGCAAUACAAUAUCCACAACAAAAGGUUACCGCCUCUACAACAAUCGAAAUUGGAAGUUGUGCGUUUCGAAAAUCUGUGACUACUGGGGUUCCCAAAACUGGUUUAGCCAGCAGUAUGCGAACCUUGUGCGGGUCGCGGGGCUAGAGAGCAGCCAAUACACCAAUACGUUGAAAUUAGUUCCGCAUUCGAUCGAGCUAUACGACGAACAUGACACUUAGGAGGGGAUUGGGCAAGUAGGAAACUCCUGUGUUGUCUAACUUAAAAAAAUUUGUAGUUGAUGUGGGCACGAGAAGAGUAUUUAUUCCCUGCAUUUGAUUGACGAGAUUUCUAUUUCACAUUAGCUCGAGAAGAUGCGAAGCGUGGGCGUACUAGGAUGAGAAUUUUCAAAUGUUUCAUGAUCUUCACUUCUAACCAGAAUUAAUCGCAGGAGAAUGCGGGUACAGCAUAGGAUCCGUGUACACCUCGCUCACCGGCUUCUGCGAUAAAAGUAUAGCGAAUGGGGGUUUGUUCCAGAUGUAUUAUCUAGGAAAAUGGUUGGAGCGAAGUGGAUACGCCUUCUGGAACCUAGGUCAUCCUCCGAGACCGCCUAAAACGAUGAAGUACAAAGCAGACCUAGGUGGAGUCGUGCUGAAUCGAGGAGCGUUUUUGCCACUUUGGUUAAGGCUAAAUACAUACUGAGUAAGGGGAUCUGCGUGAGGACUAGCAGAACUCGGCUAUUGCUUGAAUUAUUGCUUGAUGUAGUUGUAGUCUAACAAGUUUUCCAAAAAUGCAUCUCCAGUCGUCCUCGGGUUGAUGUUUUCCUAAAUUAUAUCUACUGAACUUACCCCCAGAUUGGGUACACUACUACUACUCCUACUACUACUAAUCCUAUUCCUGCUGCCACUACUAUCUAAGUUUGGGGUAAUAUCCUAAACUAAUAUAUCCAGUCGUGGCUCUAAUCUGACGCGCAGCGAGAAGUCAACCGCUUACAGGAGAGGGAUUAGGACCAGAAUUUGUGUGGUGGGAUGGCUAGAGGAAGCGGGAACGCCAAUGACGCGUCUGAUAUUGUCAGAGUCUAAAAGAAGAAGUUGCUAUUGGUCGAAUGCGGAUGCGUUUGUGGACGAAACAUGGUCUGACUUUUUCCACUCAUUGAUUCAUUCGAAAGGACAUGAGUUUACCUCUGUGUCUAAGUUUUGCUUCUAACUUGGCCAGGUAGGGCCAAACUUGAAGUACAUGACCAUGACCAAAACUGGCUGAUGGUGUUGCUCAUUU